AUGAAAUGUGGAAAUGUAAAUGUGAGAAACGUACUGGAGUUCAAUUUAAAAAAAAAUAUAAAAGAAAAGACAAAAUUAACAGACCAAGAAAUUGUAAUAAUUUAUAAAAGAUUCCAUUCGAUAUCUCCUAAUGGAAAAUUAGAUUAUAAACAAUUUGAAAAAAGUUUAGGAAUUCUAGGAACAAUAAAAAAUGCAUAUUUAUAUAAAUGUAUCUUUAAAGCUUUUGAUUUGAAUAAUGAUGGAUAUAUUGAUAUAUUUGAAUUUUGUGUGGCAAUAAAUAUUAUGUUAAAGGGAAACAAACGUGAUAAAUUGAAGCUCUCGUAUCGGAUCAUACAAUCGGGUUCAUCUGUUAAGUUGGAAAAUUUGCAAGGUGAGAAGCAUUCGAAGGGUGACAAAAAUUUGCAAGAUGAGAAGCAUUUGCAAGGUGAGAAGCAUUCGAAGGGUGACAAAAAUUUGCAAGGUGAGGAGCAUUCGAAAGAUGACCAGAUUUUGAAAGAUGACAAAAACUACCUAGAAUACAUAAAUUAUGACGAUUUUGAAAGGAUCAUACUAAGCAUCAAAGAUAUAAAAAAACAAUUAUUAGGAGAAGACGAUGAAAUUGUAAUAAGCCAUGUUAAAUACACUUUUAAAUCAUUGAGUAUAUUAUGUGAUGAUGGUAAAUAUAGAAUGAAUUUAAAGUGUUAUAAAAGAGCAAUGCAAUGUCAUGAAUUUUUGAAAUUUAUUGGAAUUCAUACAAAAGUUGCAGAUACUUUUAUAAAAAAUAAUGAACCAAUUAUUAAAAAAAAAAAAAAAAAAACAAAAAAAUAUAAAAUUGAUUCAGGAAAAAAAGUAUUAAAUAAUUUAAAAAAAUCAUAUUCUGAAUCGGCAAGUACAAGAUUAUCUCUUUUAAGGGGUACUACAAGUUUAUUUAUAAAAAAAAAAAAACAAAAAAAAAAAAAAAAUUAUGAAAAAAAAAUAGCUAGCUUAUACUCUCUUCAAGGAAAAGAUCUACCAGAGAAUGGCGGCGAAAAAAAUGGAAGCGAAAAAAAUGGAGACGUUAAAAGUUCUAAUAAUAACACUUUUAAAAAGGAUGAUAUUGUACCAAGCUCAAGCGAAAAAAAGUUAUAUCUUAAUAACAUAUCCACAAAAUAUAAUUCCAUAUCUCAAAAAAAACAAACAAAAGAUGAUGAAAAUGAAUUAUUUGAAUCUGGCCUAAAUAACAAAAGUGGAAAAAAAAUAUUAAGAAAAAUAGACCAAAUAAAACUUGAUAAAAAAAUAAAUAAAAGAUGUGAUAAUAUUGGAAAUGAUUUUAAAAAAUUAGAGAAUCAAAUUUCACAAAAUGAUGAAAGAACAACUAAUAUAUACUAUGAUGUAUAUAAAGAACCUGAAAUAAAAAAUAAAAAAAAUGUUCCUAAUCUUGAUUUGGCCCAUAUCGAACAGGAAUACGAAUCGAAGAGUUAUAUGUAUUCAACUGUCGAAAAAAAAAUGAACAAAAAUGGAAGCAUGAACAAAAGUGGAAGCAUGAACAAGAGUGGAAGCAUGAACAAGAGUGGAAGCAUGAACAAGAGUGGAAGCAUGAACAAGAGUGGAAGCAUGAACAAAAGUGGGAGUGUGGAUAAUACAGAAUUUUUUGAUUUAAAAUUACAAAUAUUUGAGUUUGAAAAAAAGGAAAAAAAUAAAAAAUAUAUUGAUACAUGGAAUCUGUACAUAAACAAAUAUAAAGAAUACAUAAAAAGAGUGGAAGAAGUUGAAACGGGCGAAAAUGCGAAUGGUAAUCGUGAUGGUAAUGCGAGCGGACAUGGUAAUGGGUGUGUGAAUGGCAGUUUUUCUGACAAUUUGGUAGAAAGUAAUAAUAUAGAAAAAUAUUAUGAUAAAUGUAAUGAUAUUGAUAGUAUAGAUUCUGAUAAUAACAGUAAUAUUUAUGAGAAGGAUGUAGAAGGUGAAAGUGUUGAGAGUAGUGUUAGUACAUAUACUAAAAUGAGUGAUAAAAUUAAUGGUGAUAUAAUCAAGCUAAUUGAAAAUCAAGAAAACGAAAGUAAUGAUUAUAUAUCUCACGGAAGUAAUAAAAAAGAAGAAAACGGUUCAGGAACAUUUUUAUUUGAAAAAUAUAUUGAAUAUCAUAAAUUUGUAAAUGAAACAGAAGAUAUAAAAGCUUUAAUAAAUGAAACAUAUAAAAAUUCUCAACAAUUAGAAUUAAGUGAAGAUAUAUUAUAUAAAAAAUUUUAUAUUCCAGGUUCUAAUUCUCAACAUUUUUUAAUUAAUAAAAAUUUGAGCAAAGAAAAGCUUUUAUAUCAUAUUAGAAUAAUUUUAUUAAAUGUUGAAGAUUGCUUAAAAAGCGAUAAAGAUAACGAAAAUUAUGAUAAAAUAUUUUUAAUUUUUUUUUACAUUUUUAUAUAUAAUAAUACACAUGAAGAGAAUACAAAAAUAGAAUCCAAACAAGUAUGUAUACGAGAUAAACAUUUAAAAAAAUAUAAAAGUGUAUUAUUAAUUGUUUCUAUAAUUCGAUAUUUUCUACAUACUAUUACAAUUUCACAAAAAUAUUAUUGCUCUUCUUAUGACUCCAUUGAUGAGUAUAACAAUAAUAAUAAUAAUGAUAAUGAUAAAAAUAACGAUAAAAAUAACGAUAAAAAUAAUGAUAAAAAUAAUAUAUCGAAAUCAAAUCAUGAAAUAAAUAUAAUUUUGAAUCAAACUAAUGAUGUUUUAGGAAAAUAUGCUAAAGGAAAGUUUCAAAAUAAAAAAAUAUAUAUUAAUAAAUCUAAUUAUUAUAAUUCUUCAAAAAAAAGAAAAUUAUCUGUUUCAAUACGUCAUAAAAAAAAAAAAAAAACAUCUAAACUCUUUGCAGUAUAUUUUGGUCAUGAAAGAUGGGAUCUAGUAAUGAAUAUGAUGAUAGGAAUUCGAAUAUGUGCAAUCAAAAAAUUCAAUAUAGAUAAUAUACUAAAUUAUUAUAAACAUACCGAUGUUAUACAAUUAUCUACUUCACGUCCUAAUGAAAAAGUUUUAUUUAAAAAUUAUUCACCAAUAAUAUUUAAAAAUAUUCGAAAAAUUUUUGGUAUAAAAUCUAAAGAAUAUAUAACAUCAGUUGGACCUGAACAAGUCAUAAGUAAUAUGGUUUUAGGAAAUCUUUCAACUCUUAGUGAACUUUUAUCGGAAGGAAAAAGUGGUUCUCUUUUUUAUUUUACUAGCAAUGGAAAAUAUAUAAUUAAAACAGUAAACAAGGGAAUUCACAAAUUGUCAAAAAAACUUCUUCCACGUUAUUACAAGUAUAUCCAGAAAAAUCCGGAUUCUCUUUUAACUCGUUUGUACGGAAUUCACAGCAUAAAAUACCUGAACAGUUCAUCAAAAACGAUAAAAAAAAUAUUUUUUAUUGUUAUGAAUAACUUUUUUUCAUCGGCGGUUGAAAUACAUAGAAGAUAUGACAUAAAAGGGAGUCUAAUUGGAAGAACAGUUCCUCCUGAAAAGAGAGAAGAUCAUACAAUUGCAUUAAAAGAUGCUGACAUUGAUGAAUUGGGUGAUGUUAUAAACAUAGGGGAUGAAAAUAAGGAAAAAUUAUUAAACAUUUUAAAAUCAGAUGCAAAUUUUUUAAAAGAAAAUUUGCUUUUAGAUUAUUCUUUAUUGUUUGGUAUACAUUAUAAAGAAUUGUCACGAGAUGUAGUAUGUUGGGAUAAAAAAAAAACUAAUGAAAUUCGUCAUGUUUAUGAUGAGUUUGGGUUAUGUGUAGCGGCUAAGCCAUUUCACCAGUGGGACCAUGGAGGCAUGAUCAAUAUCGACAAGAACCGGAUCUUCUUUUUUGGAAUAAUUGAUAUCUUUACAAAGUGGAACUUGAAAAAAAAAAUAGAGCAUACCUUUAGAACGAUACAAAAACUGGAUAGAAAAAAUAUUUCCUGCAUUCCACCAAAGGCCUAUGCAGAACGAUUUGUAGCAUUUAUAGAAAAACAUAUGAAGUGA